GACUAAUCUUACCGAAAGAAGCCAUUUUCUUACGAAAAUCACGUUCACGGUUGACGGUUCAAAAACAUUUGACCAAACUUACGAAAAUGUAAGGACAAAUGUGAAUAAAAUAAACUCGCUGGACGUACACGAAAUAUAUAUGGAGAGUUUGUAUUAUGGAGGAUAUCUCUUAAUCCUCCAUCGAUACAAUGAGCUCAACGAUCAAGUUGAAGAACUGAAUGGUUACAUAUUUGAUAUGUCGGCAAACCUACAUGGACCUUGGCCAUUUGGUAAUCCAAUAGAAAAACCAGCCUUAGGAAGACGUAACGGAGUGUUGUUUACAAAUAAUACUUUGGUCACGCUUAAUCAAAACUUAAACGAUUCAACUUGGUCAAUAGAAUCAAAAACUUUACCGAAUUUUGUUGAAUCGGAACCGUAUAAGAAUCCGAACAUUAUUUCCACAGAUCCUCCAAAUAAUGAUAAAAUUCCUCUAAGAAAAGCAAGCAUUACAAUUUUUUUCAAAAACGAGAUCGUUUUAUCGAAUGGAAACAUUACGAUCUUUCAAUAUCAAGAUUCAGAAUUGGUUUUGAAACAAAGUCAUCCCGGAUUACAUCCAAAUUGCAUUCUUGGAGAUGACCAUAAAUCGGUUACUAUCAAAAUGCUUGAUUCGAAUUUCAAUAUACCAAGCGCAACGUAUACUGUGGAACUUUCCCACGAAUUUUUUGUGGAUAAGCUAACUCGGCUAGCUCCUUUAGGACUACAGGCAGGAGAUUGGAAUUUCACUACUGAAAUUAAGUUGGAGGAAUACCCAGAUUCUCUUGAAGUUGUUCUUGGACUAACAGAAGACGCUUCUAUUUAUUUCAAGAAUUUAACUAAGAAGGAUAAAGUCGCAUUUUUAAAUCAAAUGUCAAUAGAUUUAACAAAAACUAUUCCGAUAGAACCAACGCGAUUCAUUCCAAUUCAAGAAACUCAAAAUCAUGAUCGGUGUAAUAAAGUUCUUAUUUCUAUUAGGAUUCGACAACGAGAUGAUCCAUUUAAAUUAAAUGGAAGAACGAUUAUCAAGGACUUGGAUACCCUGAUUAAAAAUAAAGAUAUUACAGGAAUAUCUCGUUUUGAAUCAAGUAAUAUGCUUGAUGAAAAUUUUGGUAGUGCUACCGGAAAAUCUUUUUCUGGAAGUUAUGAAGUUGAAGUCGGCUUUUUCGCAGCUUUUUUUAUUAUUGUCUUAAUCCUUCACAUUUGUGCAUAUAGUCUCGAGAUUUGGGGGAAUCGUGAACAAAAUUUUAUAGCGUUUAAAACUUCUUUGGCAACAGUAGAUAUUAUAUUCGAUGUAUGGUUUAUUGCAAAAUAUAGUUGUGAUAUUUAUGCUAUUUUUGUUGCAAGGUAA